UGUCGUCUAUAGUUGUUGUGAGUGCCAGCUGAGAGAGAGAGAAAGAGCUUCGCUGACAAACUAUGCCAGUGCCAAAGUGACGCCUUGCAAAAGAAUUACUUGGUUCAGACAUGAAGAAAUGACCAAUAGAAGCUUGCUGGUUCUUCUCUAUUUUGUUCAAGGUCUUUUUGGUGUUUUGAACCAAGAACUACCAGAUGAAAAUGUUUUCUACGUGGAUGAACAUACCAACGCAACUUUUGAUUGCACUGGACAUAAUGAUAUGAUGAAGGCGGUUGAGUGGAUCUACAGCGAGUACAAGAAAAAUAUUAUCGUGCUGGAAAAUGGUUCCUUGUUUUUCACCAAUAUUGUGAGAGAGAAUAGUGGACUGUAUGACUGUAUUUUAGAAGAAGAUGGAACCUCACUACAUAAGAUUAAAAUAGUUGUUUUAGGGGUUCCUCAGCCUCCCCAGAAUGUUUCUGUCCACGCCACUCAAGUGAUAGCAAUAGUAAAAUGGCACGUUCACCUGGACGAAGACUGGGAGAACUCACCUCAGGGUCCCAAAACCACGGUCCAUCUCCACUAUCGGCCAGUGUCCUCCCAGCACUGGUUGCAAGUUCCUCAUCACCUUAUGCCGCAGGGUCAAACUACUAUCUACAGAUUGAUACCCAACACCACAUAUACGAUUGAGCUUUGGUCCAGCAAUAGAUAUGGCAAAAGUGAUAUUGUUCCAUUCUAUUUCGCCACAAUGCCAGAUAUGGAUGAAUCCGAACAGGAGAGCAUGUUGUUGCUAGAUGUGGAGGAGUUCAGCCCGGUGGUUUGGAUCAUAGCCGUUCUGGUGAUAGUGAUUGUGAUCCAUGUUCUCGUAGGCUUCCUACUCUUUGCCUACUGGCGUCAGCGGCGUAUCGGAAAGUCAGAUGGGGAUGACUGUGAAGUAAUCGAGCUGGUGCCACAUAUCAUAGAGAACCCGGCCUACCAGUUCUCACGGCAUUUUGAUCCCAUGCAAGAAAGUUUUCUCUCGCCCUCUGUGAGCUCCCAUAGUGCUGUAGCACUGGUGUAGGGAAGAGUAUCUCAGAAGAACUACUGUGUGUAAAUCUUUUCCAGGUUUUCAUCAGUAGGAAUAAGGUGAAGAUUUUGUCAUGUAGAUGUGUUUCCUGAUUCAGGGAGAAAGUUAUGGAAGUUCUUUUGCACAGCUGUCCCCGUGAUAGGGCUUCCAAACAAUGCAGUUUUGAAUCUAAAACAUUGCACUCAGCAGCCAAAAACACAAAUAACCUGUAAAUGAUAUACUAAGAGACAAAGGUUUGUGUGUUUCAUAAAGGAUUCAUAAAAGCAUUUCAUCUGUGUGAUGUAUAAUGUAAUUUAUGCAGUUAUUAGAUGCCAAAUUACUAAAGUAGAGAAUGCUAAAUCACAAAGCUUGUAUCCCAUUUAAGAUAUGCCCCAUUGUAGAGCAUAAACAUAAUUUUGGAAUAUUUGUGAAUGCUGCUAGUGUAUGUAAACGUAAGAUUUAUGCUUGUUUGGUCAUGGGAGUAGUUACAUGAGAAAAAAGUAUGACUUUACUUUAUAUUACAGUAUGAGUUUUAUAUGGUAAAAUUUUGUAUAUUUUCAUAAGGAUCAUGUAGUGUUAAGUUCCCAUCAUGUCAGCUGGAAUCUCAAAUCACCAGAGCUGUGUUUUUCCCAGGUCAUUGGAGCUGUGUCAGUCCAGGUCACUAGAACUGCUUCAGCCUGGGUCACAAGCUGUGUCAGUUUAGAUUACUAGAGCUCCAUUAUCCCAUGUCACAGGAGCUACCUAGUCCAAAUGCACAGUUGUUUUCUGACCUAGGUCACUGCAGUUCGGUAUCUUAGAAUGGUAGGUUACUUGCAAUGCCUAGUGUCGAUACACUAGCUUACUCCCAGUUCUCAUGCACAUGUGAGGGAAAUUAUAUGGGUCUUAGUAUGUCAUUGUUCUGGGACAGAUCUGCCUAGGUGGAGGAAGGCAAGGACGAUUUUCCCGGGCCUAAAAUGUUAAAGUGAUGUGAUGAGAACCUUGUUGAUAACUUAGUGAGCCUUUUUUAUAUUAUUGCCAAAGGUGUUCAUUUAUAAAUAAUACAGAAACAGGGAACUGUAAAAGACCUUCAUUUAUGAAUAUAAGCGCUGUAUUUCCAUUCAGAACUAGUUAUAGUGAAAAGUAAUCUUAACAGCUUCAAUUUAUUAGUCUUAUAUUCUUAAAAUACUCUGUAGAAUCUCCAUGAUUAUCAGUUGAAAACUGAUAUUCAAGUGAUAAAGUGCAUUUCCAUUGAAAAUAGCAAAUAUUUUCAAGAAUGUUGACAGCUGUUAUAUGGCAUAACAAUAUUUUUAAUUCAACAUUUUACUGAUUUUUGAUUAGCUUGCAUUGGACCAGAAAUGCAAUACUAAAUAAAGUAUACAUAAGCCUCAUGAGGAAUUCCUGAACAGAAAAAAAAAACUGUUCAUGAUUUAAUAAUAGAGUACUUUACAUGACAUGUUUAGUAAACCUGUGCAUGACAAAAGGUUAGUUAAGUUAAUUACUAGUAUUAAUUUUCUUUUUUGAUGAAAGCAUUCCAAUGGCCUAUGAAUAUUUUUUUUCUCUCUUUGAAAGAAAAUGUUUGGUAAAUUCGUGUUUCAAGUCAUCUCUAUUUUCUUCAGAUCCAGAUAUUUUAGCUUUUGCCACUUUUUGGUGUGUGUGUAUAUAUAUAUGUAUAUAUAUUUUCUUUUUCAGUUUUAUUUGGGGAAUACUGUGUAAGUUGAAUUCUGUGUGCGAGAAUACCUCUUGUGAAUAUUUGGCUUUUAGGCCUAAACCGAAAGACAAAGAAAAUAAUGAUAAUAAGACACUUCAAUAGGAAAGCUAGAGAUAUCGUCCAAACUCUAUACUGUUAAGUACUGCAUAGUGUUGAUAAUACAUGGCCAUGGAUCUUUGUGCAGUUAGACAUUGCAUAAGAAGAGGUCAUGCACUGUAAUUCAGUUCAGUUUUUGUUAUUGCUUUACUUUGUGGGGGGGUCUUCUAGAGUUUUAUGAGGUUUUAAUAUUUAAUAUAACUGUAAAUGUAUAUUUUUUUCUGAUCUGAACUCUCUGAUUGAUAUAUAUCUAAAGUCAUUGGAGACAGUAUGACCAAAAUGUGUAAUUAAAGAAGAGGUAUUUCUGUACACAAAUAUACUUACCCACUAAAACAGACCCAUAUACAGGGAGAUUCUUUUUCUUAAAUGCAUAUAUACGUUCUUAUUUAUAUUCCUAGGUGAUUUAGUGAAGGGAAACAAGGCUGUAAUGUUACUUAUGUGCAAUAUAGGGUUUAAGAGUUCUUUUCUAAAAUUGUGAUUUUUUUUUGUUUGUUUGUUUGUUUGUUUUACGUUAUAUUUUGUUUCCAAUAA